CAAAAAAUUGAACACACCAGCAGUGUGAGGAGACCUGAAAGUGGCACAUGGCAUGGAAGAGUGUGGCGAUGGAGACAGCAGCAAUGGGAGGCCGUACAGGGACCCAUGAGAGACUCUGGACUUGGCAGCAGCAUGAGGAGGUGGUAUAGGGGCCCAUGGCAGAUUAGGGGCCUGGCAGCAGCUAUGGGAGGCCCGUAAUCUGCCAGCACCCUAUGACAAAAAAUGGAACACACCAGCAGUGUGAGGAGACCUGAAAGUGGCACAUGGCAUGAGACACUGUGGACCUGGCAGCAGCAUGAGGAGGCGGUACAGGGGCCCAUGGCAGAUUAGGUCCUGGCAGCAGCUAUG